AUGGCUGACUCCAGUAGGAAGGGGAGAAUGGUACAAGCAACGGGAGCACAGGAAGUAGGAAGGAAUACUAAUGUUUCUAUGUUAUCCCCACAGAGCACCGAAAAGGAGGUAUGCCCACCGGAACGAGCACAGCAGCAGGAGCCAACGGAAGUACCCAGCAGCAAUGCGGGGGAAAAUGUUGUGGUGGAAGAAACAACCCCAGUAAGAGAACUGGAAACAGGAGCUGCAAAACAGGUGGCAGCAACUGGUGCAGCAAGCGGUGACCAAGGGGCAAAGCAAGCAGAUUGGCAGCGGAUAGAAGGAAUCGAGGAACUGGUCGAAAAAGCCUUGGCACCAAGCACAUGGGCAGUGUACAGGAAAUAUUGGGGACAAUGGUGCAAGCAUAGGGAGGAGGCGAAAGGAGGGGAGGAAGGAAGAUUUUUAGAAUGGUUGAUGGCGCUGCGGAGAGAAGGUGUAAAGAAGGGGAGAUUGAGCGCAGUGUUAGCAGGGAUUUCAUACUGUUCGCAGCUAUACGGGGGAAUAGAUUGGUCCAGGAAGUUUAUAGUAAAGAAAAUCGCAAGGGCAUGGGGAAGAGGGGAAGAGAAGGAAGUGGAUAAAAGGGAACCAAUAACUGAGGUUAGAUUACAGAAAAUGAUAGGGGCACUAGAAGGGGUAUGUGCAAACAGGGACGAGGCGCUUAUUUUCAGAACGGCUUUUUUAGUAGCAUUUCACGGAGCAAUGAGGAUAGGGGAGCUGUUACCAAAAAACAGAAAAAUAGUUAAAGGGGGUGUAGAGACAGGGGAUGUCAGAUGUGGGGAAGAAGCCGUGCUAAUAUUGGUAAGACGAUCUAAAACAGACAAGGAAGGAAAAGGGGCAUGGCUAAAUAUGGCUAAAACAGGGGGAACACUGUGUCCGGUGGCCUGUGUUAAGGAAUACCUGAUAGCAAGGAGGAAAGGGGGCCGCACAUUUCUGAGGCAUGCAGAUGGUUCGGAUGUAACAAUCUUCCAGUUUAAAAGCAUAUUACAAAGGGUGGUUAAGAAAUUGGGGUGGAAAGAGGCACACAUUGCGCCGCAUUCAUUCAGAAUAGGAGCAGCGACCGCCGCAGCGGGUAGGGGUUGUUCAGAGGCACAAAUUAAGAAAUUAGGGAGAUGGAAAUCUGCAGCGUACAAAUCUUACAUAAGAGUGCAAAAGGAGUAAGGCCUUAUUAUAAAUGUUCUAACGGUUAAAUUGUUUUUUGUUUUACAGACAAAGCGUUAAGGGUGUGGAUAGUAGGGCAUUCCUACGUCUAUUGGGCACAGGCUAGGGCAGCAGCAUCGGCGCAGGGAGUAAAUUUGGGACUGUCGCACAAGGAAGUUAGCAUUAGAUGGGUAGGAAAAAGAGGCAUGAUGUGGGACGAGUUAGUGCCUACAAUACAGCUGGCAAGGAGAAGAUGGGGGUGUCCGGACGCCAUAAUUAUACAUCUGGGGGGGAAGGACAUAGGCGCUUACCCACUUAGAGAGCUAGAAGAGAAAGUUGCAGGAACAAUGAGAUGGUUGAGGAUGGCAUGGCCAUCAGUGAGGGCGAUAUGGUCCAAUAUAGUUUCGAGGAUAUUCUGGCGGAACUCAUACACGAGCAAAGCAGGAUAUAGAUCGAGGAGAAAAGUGAACCAGGUGGCAGCAAAGGUUAUGAAGGAAAUAGGGGGUAGAGUGGUAGAGCACCCACUGAUAGCAGCGAGAAAGGAGGAGCUAUUCAGACGGGAUGGAGUGCAUCUAACGGAUGAGGGAAUUGACCAGCUGCUGGUGGACAUCAGAGGGAUGUGCCAAGAGUUGGUAAAGGUAAGGAAAGGUCACGAAUGGUGGAAAGAGUUGGCCGAAAG